UAAAACAUUUGUGCGAGAUUUCAUAGAUGGCGACAGAAAAACAACUGAUGUGGUGACAUAAUCAUCUAUUCUUAUUCCUGCAUAAAUGAAAUGGAAGUAUGGACGGCCUAAUUCACAUCAGAUUCUAAAAACUUCGUAUGAACCCAGACGAGAAAAAUUCUGAACAAAGUGGAAUCUCUGCCGCAAGGGGUCCCAAUUCUUUGUCAGAACAAAUUCCAGAAAAAGAAGACGGAAUGAAACGUGCGGCAGCAAGGCAGAUGAUAGAGAAGUAUUACUAUCAGCUUACAGACGGCUGUGGAAAUGAGAAUUGUCAGAAUGAAGACUGUGCCUCUUGCUCCUCCUUUGCAUUUAAAGAUAAAACAAAGAAUGAACUGGCCAUCAAGGCUAUUGACUUGUUCAAGGGUAAAGCUGACUUGUGUGGAACACAGCCCAGCAAAGUGCCACGUGCUGAAAAUGUAGCAGGACCUUCAAAAGUCGGCAGCGAAGAUAAGGCACCAACAGCAAAGGUCGUCACAGAGGAAAAACCCUCCUCCUCCAAAGGGCAAACAACUGCUCUGUUUUCACAACAGUCAACAUGUAAUGUCAUAAAACCUAUUCCAACUUCUGCUGCUGAAACAAUAAACUAUUUAACAGAAAAGAAAGUUCUAAAAUUAAUCAAAGAUUGUGAGGAGGAAAAUAACUGGUCCAAGUUAAUCCGAGUGAUUGGUGCCACAUUUAAUAAUGCAGACUCGCUCAUCAUGAGUUUCCGUAGAAAAGAGGUGACGGCAAAUCCCACCAGCCCAGUGAAGGAGAAAGAAGGGUCAGAACAAGAGAGUGUUCAGUCCAGUACCUGUGACAGAGAAACAGCUGUAUCUCUAGACUUGGAGGCUGUUCGGAGAACAUUUCACGCCUUAAUGAAGAUUCCAGACCUUCCGUAUCAAGGUGCUCUAGUGAAUGCUCUGUCUAGUUUGUCAAAGAAUGUGGAAAUGGAGCUCAGAUAUAGAAGACCUUUGGAUCAAAAUCCAAAUUACAUGAAUAUAUUUUUGAUUGUGAUGGAAAUUCCCCUGGAUGAGCAUGUAGAUUUAUUGGAGAAUGCAUUUCCAGAGUUCUGCAAGGCACUGGGUCACAUGGAUGUUUCAGGGAAAGCUAAACUUGCCAAAAUUUGGUCCACUUUUGGAGCUGAAUGGCUGCUGCAAAUGACGAGAACUCUUCAUCAAGUGAUAACUGUCAGAAUUGCACAAAACCAUGGUCGCUGGGGGCGUAUGUACCAACUUAACGAUGAUGAAGGCAUCGCAGGCGCAACAAAAGUGAUGAAGAUUCUGUUCUAUGCUAGCAUCAUUGGAGGAGGGUUAGACCCAGACGCUGUUCUGGCCGAGGAGAAGGAAACAAACGAGACAGAAGAAAGUUUACAGGACAUGUUACAUGGGGGAGCGGUGGGCCACGAACACAAAGACCUGAUCAAACCCAAGGAAGAUCCGCUGGCUCAGGAAUUAAAAGUAUCAGUCUUAGACUGUCGCAAGCCCUCAGUUCCGUAUGAUGAGUUUGUGAAUGAACUUCUGAACGAAUAUGUGGACAUUGAAGUAGACUAUAAGAACAAACUGGAAUCCAAGUUUUCUUUUAUGAAUCACAAUUUUAUAUUAAGUACUGCUUCUAAGCAUAUGUGUAUGUAUUAUGACAACAGAGUUAGGAUGUUUAAUGAGAGAAGAUCUUCCAUAUUAAACACUUUCCUUCGAGGACUUCCUCCAACUCCUUUCUUACGGCUUCGAGUGAGGAGAGAUCAUCUCAUAGACGAUGCCUUAGUUAAUUUGGAAAUGACAGCUAUGGACAACCCCCAAGACUUGAAAAAACAGCUGAUUGUGGAAUUUGAAGGUGAACAUGCAAUGGAUGAAGGGGGGGUGUCUAAAGAGUUCUUCCAGCUUGUUGUAGAAGAAAUAUUCAAUCCAGAUUUUGGAAUGUUCACAUACAACGAACAAACCAGGCAGUUUUGGUUUAACCCAACAUCAUUUGAAAAUGAUGGCCAAUUUACUCUUAUUGGAAUAGUGCUUGGACUAGCCAUUUAUAACAGUACCAUUGUAGAUAUCCAUUUUCCUUCUGUAGUGUACCGCAAGCUAAUGGGAAAGAAAGGCAGAUUUGUAGACCUCAAAGACUUAGAUCCGACAUUGUAUACUAGUCUACUAAACAUGCUGGAGUAUGAAGGAGAGGAUAUAGAAGAUGUGUUCAUGCAGCCAUUUAAAGUGGGAUAUAAAGAUGUAUUUGGAUGUGAUCUGACUCAUGAACUCAAAGAAGGGGGAGGGGAAAUCCAUGUCAAUCAUGAGAACAAAGAGGAAUUCGUGGAGAUGUACUCUGACUUCAUGCUCAACAAAUCCAUUGAGAAACAAUUCCGAGCUUUUAAGCGUGGAUUUAACCUGGUGACCAAUGAGAGUCCGCUACGCAUUCUCUUCCGACCAGAGGAAGUGGAACUUUUGAUCUGUGGAAGCACGCAUUUUGAUUUCUAUGAUCUACAAAAGUCAACAGAAUAUGAUGGAGGAUUUACAGCUGAUUCACCAACUAUCAAGCAUUUUUGGGAUAUUGUGCAUGAAUUCUCAGAAGACCAGAAAAGAAGAUUAUUACAAUUUACGACAGGAACAGACAGGGUUCCUGUAGGAGGUCUGACGAAAAUCAAACUUAUCAUCGCCAGGAACGGUCCCGACUCGGAAAGAUUACCAACUGCUCACACUUGUUUUAAUGUGUUGCUUCUGCCAGAUUAUAGCACAAAAGAAAAGCUGAAAGAUAGAUUAGAAAAGGCAGUGGAUUACUCUAAAGGCUUUGGAAUGCUGUGAUAUAUAAUUUACAUGUACCUUUUAUUGCCACUUCUGUUUAUACAUCAAAUGUAUACUAUUUGCAUCCUUAUAUAUUGCAAGACAUGAUUUUUAUAAUUUUAUGUGGAACAGUAAAAAUGAUUUGGGAUAAAAAUCCCCUUAACCUUACCAAAAGUAUUUCAAUCAAAUAUUAGAUGUCCAACCAUGACGGCUUACAUAUACGUGUACUGGUACAUGUACCAGAUGGUGCAUGGAAUACUGUUUUAAAACGUACCUUCCACUAAAUCAAGUACAUCUCUAAAUGUCUUACAUACAUGUAUAUUUAUUUAAAGCACAUUCAAAGAGCUAUAAUUCAAAUCUGCUAACAUGUUAAAAAAUCAAUUACCUCCAAAUACGCCAAAUAAAAUACAUUUACAGUGUACAUAUGUACCAGUACGUGUAGUUGCAAAGCUCUGUGCAGUAUUUAUGUUGCGAAACAUGAAAAAAUAAUAGUGUUCUCACCAGAGCAUGGAAUUUUUUUUGAAAAAUUUGCAUUCAUUUUUUGUUCAUUAAUUUAGAAUUUGAAUAAUCGGAGUGAAAUAACUUUCCACCCAUUGAAAAUGGUGACGCAGUAAUUUUUGCCAAUUUGUCAAACAAUACAAAUGAAUGUUUUGACAUCUGAUUCAAAACUGUAAGAAUCUUUAGAACACUUUACAUAAAAAAAUGGAAAUAUUUUGGGAAAAAAAUUGUGGCUAUUCAUGGACACUUGCUUACAUUUUUUUAACCCAAAAUAUUUAACUCCAAGAGUCAUAAAUUUAUACAGUGCUGUUGAAAUUUUUUUUUUACCUCGUAUUUGUGAGAAAAAGUACUUGCUUUAUAUUUAAAUCCAACACAAAGAAGAAGGGGGGAUAAUUUCAGCCUGUUCCAUUGGAUUGAUUCAGAGAUUUGUUGUGUACAUGAGGAGUAGGUGCCAGUCAUCAUUAUUGUUGACUCGAUGUUGUAAGGAAAGCCUUUUUUUGUUAAGAACUACUCUUUCAAAUACAUUUGUUGGUUAGUAGUGAUAUGAAUUGUCUCUCUGUUGCCAUACAUACCUGUAGGAGACUCGGAAAAUGUUGCAGAAACAUUUUAUAAGCUGUGUUAGAGGGUUCUUUUAUGCAUGCAAAAAUAAACAAAAUAGCUAUUGUCAAA